CCGGGUUGAAGCAGUGGUAUGGCUUAGCAUUCGAAGUAAGAUGAGCGAUUGCUGUCACCGUGUCGGACCCACUGGUGGGCUUGUGAGCUGGGCGUUGUAUAUGUGUGUAUGUACAUGUGAAUGCACUGCUGUGCUGACAGAGACGAGGUAUAAAUUCUGACGGCCGCUUAUCGAGCCCCCAUGCCCAGGGCCUAGACACAAAUACGAAGACAUGGAGAUUGGCCAGCUAACGCAUCGGUGGAGAUGCAAAGAAGGGGGGCCUCUCGGAGAUAUUGUGGAGAGGGAGCUGAGAUGACUUGUCGGUCUGAAGAGAUGGCUCACGAUGCGUGCUUUUCUCUUCGCCAGCCAUCCUUGCUUGCCAUUUCAUGCUCGUGGUGUUUACUACAUCAUGCUAUUGUUUACUGUGGUCAUCUCCGCGCAUGCACGGGGCACGCAUGUAGCGCCAGCAGAUGUCGCAAUCGAAUACAGUGCCAGUAUCAUUGGUGCGCAGCGUGGAUCCUGGAUAGGAGCGUGUUUGUAUUUUGUUCUGCCACGUCGUGCGCUGUGGUGCAUGGACUCUUAGUAGGCGCAUGCCCGCAGCGAGGCCUAUCGCCAAAUGGCACCGAGGGCAGACGCGUGUGGGGUGGCUGUGGUGUGCUUAGAGGGUCGCCAGGUGUGCUAUCGUCGAGCGUGUCUUGCACAUCGGUACACAGAGUUUAUAG